CGUAGACUCUGGAGGUAUGAUUACUGUACAUGGCCAUCGAUGCCGCUGGAUAAACCAAACCAGCGAUGUAAAUAACAGCAACGGAGGCGGUGGAUCUAACAUGCCUAAUUCUAUCACUGCUUGACAUGAGAAAAUAAUACAUGGCAUCUGGGUUUAUCCCCUUGGCAAAACCACCGCGGCCGUCCUUCUAUGCGCGUCUCGGAAUUUGGCUUUGACAGCUCGUCCGAUGGUUUUCUUAAUUUGACGCACGAACCUAAUCAGACGACGGGCGGUGUUAUCUAAUACCCACUUGGGAAAAACGGGUCAUUAUGACCUUAGUAUCCUCAUCUAAAAGAAAACCAUUGGAUUGUUUUUACGCAGCAGUGUUCUGCUUGCAUUUCUUGCUGUGGAUUGUAUGCGUUGUGUCCGGAGAAGAGCAUCAUCAGUUCAGCGUUGAGGGAUGGCUACAGAAGUAUGGCUACCUGCCCCACACAGACCCCAGAAUGGCUGUCCUGCGCUCAACACAGACCAUGCAGCAAGCCAUCGCAGCAAUGCAGGGCGUCUACGGCCUCAAUGUCACAGGGACACUGGAUGAGAGGACCACAGAUGAUAUCACACUAAGUUGGAUGAAGAAGCCGAGGUGUGGAAAUCCAGACAAACUAAAGGGCAACUCAAGGUCGCGGAAGCGGAGGUACGCGCUGACCGGGCAGAAGUGGCAGCGAACACACAUCACUUACAGCAUAAAGAACGUCACGCCCAAAGUGGGCUCCAGGGAGACCCACGAUGCCAUCCGGCGUGCGUUUGACGUGUGGCAGGGAGUGACACCGCUCCACUUCGAGGCCGUCCCCUACAGCGCCCUGGAGAGCGGCAGGCGGGACGUGGACAUCACCAUCAUCUUCGCCUCAGGUUUCCACGGUGACAGCUCACCCUUCGAUGGCGAGGGGGGGUUCCUAGCCCACGCCUACUUUCCGGGCCCUGGGAUCGGAGGGGACACCCACUUCGACUCAGACGAACCCUGGACCCUGGGGAACCCCAACCACGAUGGUAAUGACCUGUUCCUGGUGGCAGUCCAUGAGCUGGGCCACGCCCUGGGUCUGGAACACUCCAAUGACCCCACAGCCAUCAUGGCUCCAUUCUACCAGUACAUGGACACAGAGAACUUCAAACUUCCUCACGACGACCUUCAGGGCAUCCAGAAAAUAUAUGGUACUGUACCUACAGGUCCACCAGACAGGGCUCUCCAGCCCACCAGGGCUCCACCCACGGCCCCUCCCCCACGCUUCCACCCCCCCUUGGAACCCCGUAAGCACGACCGCCAGGUCCGGCCCCACCGCCCUCCUCAGGGCGCCAAACCCUCCAACCCCUACGCCAAACCCAACAUCUGUGACGGAGGCUUCAACACCGUGGCCAUCCUCAGACAGGAGCUGUUCGUAUUCAAGGACCAGUGGUUCUGGAGGGUGAGGGACAACUCAGUGGUCCCUGGCUACCCCAUGCAGAUCAACUACUUCUUGAAAGGCCUGCCUGCCAAGAUCGACGCCGUCUAUGAAAACAGCGAAGGGAAGUUUGUCUUCUUCAAAGGGAACCGCUUCUGGGUGUUCAAGGACACUACUCUGCAACCCACCUACCCUCAGGAUAUCUCUCUGUUUGGAAGUGGGAUGCCCACCCAGAGUAUAGAGACCGCUGUGUGGUGGGAGGAUGUGGCAAAGACAUACUUCUUCAAGGGAGACAGAUAUUGGAGGUACAAUGAAGAGAUGAGGAACAUGGACCCUGGUUACCCCAAACCCAUUACGGUGUGGAAGGGCAUCCCUGACUCCCCUCAGGGGGCGUUUGUGGACAAGGCCAACGGAUUCACCUACUUCUACAAGGGGAAGGAGUACUGGAAGUUCAACAACCAGCGGUUGCGUGUGGAGCCGGGCUACCCCCGCUCCAUCCUGAGGGACUUCAUGGGCUGCGACGGCCUGCCGGCCGACCCCGACUGGGACUGGAGCCCCCCAGAGGUGGAGGAGCGCCACUCCGAUAGCAGCAACGGUGACGUGGACAUCGUCAUCAAGCUGGACAGCACGGGGGGCACAGAGAAUGCUGUGGCUAUCGCCAUCCCCUGCAUCCUGGCGCUGUGCAUGAUGGUCCUGCUCUACACCGUGUUCCAGUUCAGGAGGAAGAGCACGCAGAGACACAUACUGUACUGCAAGCGCUCUAUGCAGGAGUGGGUGUGAGCUAAACCUGAGAGGGGACUGGAACUGUAGGGGAGGUGGAUGGAACUCCCACUAGGGACUAUAGGGAAGAGUUGUCAAACUCCUAUUGCUCUCUAACUGUUGAACUAAGCCCCUCUGUGGAUGGACAGUAUAUACAGUACAGUAGAGGAGUCCUCCUAACAUGUUCAAAACUGUGCUUUGCCCUCUUUGUGACAUGCAAGGUGGAGUGACGCUAGCCGUCUUCAUUCAAGACUAUGAAGGACUGUGGCUACCAAUUCCAACUAAGAGGUGUCUGCUUUAACUCUUGUCUCUAUCAUUGGGUACACUUAGUAGUUAUUGGAGAAAGAGGAAAGCUGUGUGGGACCUAUGUCUAUCUCUGUCUCUGCACGCCAGUAACAAGCCCUUACUAACUAACUACAGUACAGUGGACCAUUUAGCAAUAGGCUACUACUUUUUAUUUUCAUGUCCUAGUAAAGUUCAAGUUGCCCAGACUCUGUGCUUUUUGAUUUAAUUAUCUUUAAAAUAUUAGUACUUGUGAGGUGGACUGUCUGAUACCCAAACCAAAUAUGACCUUUGACCUAUCUUCCCUUCCCAGAAAGGAUUACGACUCCGGGAUUCUUUGAUGGGAUGUUUAAUUCUAAACUAUGGAUCUAAUAUCAUCAUGACAUGACAUUACGCUCACAUUUUCUUUGGCCAUGUCUUUUCCAUAUCUGCUCAUGACCAUCCGUCUGGUCUAGUGUGCUCUCUGUCUGUGUGGUCUAUGUGAAGCAGCAGCAGCUAGGAACAGAGAUGAGAACUGAAUAAGACUGUUGUGGCAGUCUGUCUCUAACACAGGGGCCAAAACCAUCUCUGCAAUAUUUUGGAGACUGCCUUAAUCAUAGCGUACUUUUGUUAUGUUUCUUUGUGUGUGUUUGUGUGUCUGUGUGUGUGUGUGUGUGUGUGUGUGUGUGUGUGUGUGUGUGUGUGUGU